CCCUUAAUCACUUAGAAUUCUCUCCCGUUUCUUUCUUCACCACUACUCCGUAUAUAUUACUUACAGCUUUGUGUUGUUCAACUAGUCCUUCGUAUAAGGGACUAUUUGUUCACAUAGUUCCAAAGCUAAAGCUGGGGAGAAAGAUAGAAUCAUGCCGUAUUCUUUUCUUGCAGCAAAUCUAAAGCUAUUGAAUCUAACAGCAUGGGAACAGCUGAAAACCCCCUGCUUGUGGGAAGAGAUCAGCAUAUUUUUGCUGCUGGGGUUUUAUGGGACCCUACUGUUAUAUUUCAUCAGAAAAAUGAUUUGUGCAGUACACAUGCACACUACAAAAGCAGCAGAAAAGGAUGCAGAAAUGUACCUUGAAAAUGCAAGACUAAGCCUAUGCUCGAAAGCCAGCGUUAUUCUUUCCAUUUUGCUCUUGGGUGUGCAUUCAACUUCUUUAAUCUUGCUGUUAAAAGGAAGCAGCAAGACUCAGUGCAACCAUUCUCUUCCAACUUUCUCAGCUGAAAUUUUGCAGGUUAUAUCAUGGAUAAUCACGAUAAUUGUACUAAGUAGGAUUUUAACAAAAAAUUACCUCAUUUUCCCCGGAAUUCUAAGAUUCUGGUGGGUUUGCAGCUUCUUGAUCUUAGCUUGUCACAUUGCCAUUGAUUCUCAUUUCAUAAUGGCAAACCAUGGUAACUUUAGAAUACAAGACUAUGCAGAUGUCCUCGGCCUUUUUGCAUCAGUCAGCCUGUUGUUAAUUUCCAUUCAAGGAAAGAUGAGAAUAGUGCAAGACGGUGCAACAAAGAACUUGACUGAACCACUUCUGAAUGGAGAAAGUGAGAAAUUUUCAAGGGGGAAAAGCGAAUCACUUUACAGCAAAGCAACCUUUCUUGACCUUGUUACCUUCUCAUGGCUCAACCCAUUGUUUGUUAUCGGGAAAAAGAAGCCACUUGAGCAGGAUGAGAUCCCAGAUGUUGAUGUGGAAGACUCUGCUGCUUUUCUCUCUUAUUGCUUCGAUGAAAACCUAAAACGAGUCAAGGAGGAAGAAGGAACCACCAGUAACCCAUCUGUCUACAAGGCAAUAUUCUAUUUAGCAUGGAAGAAAGCAGCAGUAAAUGCCAUAUUUGCAGUAAUAAGUGCAUUUGCAUCAUAUGUUGGUCCAUAUCUAAUCAACGAUUUUGUGAAUUUCCUCAGCGACAAGCAACACCGCAGCCUAAAAACAGGCUACCUCCUUGCUCUUGGAUUUCUAGGGGCCAAAAUGGUGGAGACAAUAGCACAGAGGCAAUGGAUCUUUGGGGCUCGCCAACUAGGGCUCCGCCUCAGAGCUGCUUUGAUAUCUCAGAUAUAUAGAAAGGGCUUAGUCUUGUCAUGUCAAGCGAGGCAGAGUCACACCAGUGGAGAGAUAAUGAACUACAUGAGUGUAGAUGUUCAAAGAAUCUCAGAUUUUGUAUGGUAUGUAAAUACCGUUUGGAUGUUACCAGUACAAAUAUCGUUAGCAAUCUUUGUUCUGCAUACAAAUCUAGGUUUGGGAGCAUUUGCAGGAUUAGCUGCUACUUUAGUAGUUAUGUCUUGCAAUAUACCUCUAACAAGAACGCAGAAAAAAUACCAAUCCAUGAUCAUGAAUGCCAAAGAUGCUCGGAUGAAAGCCACCUCAGAAGUCCUGCGUAACAUGAAGACAAUCAAACUUCAAGCAUGGGACAAUCAGUUUCUAAAUAAGCUAGAAAGCUUGAGAAAUAUAGAGUCUUCUUGGAUAUGGAAAUCAUUGAGAUUAGGGGCAAUUGGAGCCUUCAUUUUCUGGGGUUCACCUACCUUCAUUUCAAUAGUGACUUUUGGAGCUUGUCUUUUAAUGAAAAUUCCACUCACAGCAGGCAGCGUUUUAUCUGCAUUAGCAACCUUCCGUAUGUUGCAGGAUCCCAUAUUUAGUCUGCCUGACUUACUUAAUGUUGUAGCACAAGCAAAAGUAUCCGCUGAUAGGGUUUCUUAUUACCUCCAAGAAGAAGAAAUUCAGCAAGAUGCUGUCGAGUUUGUUUCAAAAGAUGAAACACCCUAUGCCAUAGACAUACAAGGUGGGGAAUUCAGCUGGGAUCCUAAUUUAGGAACUCCAACCCUCGAUGGAAUAAACUUGAAGGUUAAAAGGGGAAUGAAGGUAGCAAUAUGUGGAACAGUAGGAUCAGGAAAAUCUAGUUUGCUCUCUGGUGUAAUUGGAGAAAUCCCUAAGAUCUCCGGGACUGUAAAGAUUAGCGGUUCUAAGGCUUAUGUUCCUCAAACCCCAUGGAUACUGACAGGAAAUAUCAAAGAGAACAUACUCUUUGGGAACCAUUAUGAUGCCACUAAGUAUGAUACAACGGUUAAAGCGUGUGCUUUAUUAAAAGAUUUUGAGCUUUUCCCACAGGGCGACUUAACAGAAAUCGGAGAAAGAGGUAUUAAUAUGAGCGGGGGUCAGAAACAAAGGAUACAAAUUGCUCGUGCAGUAUACCAGGAUGCAGAUAUAUAUUUGCUUGAUGACCCUUUUAGUGCAGUUGAUGCACAUACAGGAACACAACUAUUUCAGGAAUGUCUGAUGGGGGUUCUAAGAGACAAGACAAUCUUUUAUGUGACCCACCAAGUCGAAUUUCUACCAGCAGCAGACCUCAUUCUGGUGAUGAAAGAAGGACGAAUCGCAGAAGCUGGAAGUUUUAAGGAACUCUUGAAACAGAAUAUCGGGUUUGAAGUUUUGGUUGGAGCUCAUAGUCAAGCUUUAGAAUCUGUUCUUACAAUUGAAGGUACUUCUGGUAGAACUUCUGAACAUGCUACACCACAUGAUGUUGAUUCAAGUGCAGAACAAAUUCAACCAAGGGAUGAAGAAGAGGAUAACCUUUCUCCGGAAAUGAAAGAGAAUCAAGGGAGGUUGAUACAGGAUGAAGAGAGAGAGAAAGGAAGUAUAGGGAAGGAAGUAUAUUGGGAUUAUCUUACCAUUGUAAAACGUGGUAUGUUGGUUCCGGUAAUAGUUUUAGCCCAGUCAUCAUUUCAAGUGUUGCAAAUUGCAAGUAAUUACUGGAUGGCAUGGGUUUGUCCAACCUCAAGUGAUGCAGCACCUAUAGCUGGGAUGGACUAUGUCUUACUUGUAUAUUCCCUACUUUCUAUUGUGAGCUCAGUUUGUGUCUUAGUACGGGCUACUGUAUUAGCUAAAGCAGGCAUUCUAACUGCACAAAAACUCUUUGAGAACAUGCUACAUAGUGUAUUACGAGCUCCAAUGUCAUUCUUCGACUCAACUCCAACUGGAAGAAUACUGAACCGGGCAUCAUCUGACCAAAGUGUAUUGGACUUGGAAAUGGCACAAAGAUUAGGUUGGGCAGCAUUCUCAAUGAUCCAGCUUAUCGGCACCGUCGCAGUCAUGUCACAGGUCGCAUGGGAAGUCUUUCUCAUCUUCAUUCCAGUAACAGCAAUCUGUAUAUGGUAUAAGCAAUACUACAUACCAACUGCAAGGGAGCUAGCACGAUUAUCUGAAAUACAAAAGGCUCCAAUCCUUCAUCAUUUUGGAGAAUCACUUUCAGGGGCAGCAACAAUACGUGCCUUCGAUCAGAAGGAUCGUUUCAUCAAUGCAAACCUUAUUUUAGUGGACGGAUUUUCAAGACCAUGGUUUCACAAUGUAUCAGCGAUGGAGUGGCUUUCAUUCAGACUUAAUCAAUUAUCAAACUUUGUGUUUGCAUUUUCACUGGUUCUGCUAGUGUCUCUCCCAGAUGGAAUUAUAAAUCCAAGCAUUGCAGGUCUGGCAGUGACAUACGGAAUAAAUCUGAAUGUUUUGCAAGCUUCAGUCAUAUGGAAUAUAUGCAAUGCAGAAAAUAAGAUGAUAUCAGUGGAAAGGGUUCUUCAGUAUACAAAGCUUACUAGUGAGGCUCCUCAGAUUGUUGACGAUUGCAGACCACCAAACAACUGGCCAACUACUGGAACAAUCAGUUUUCAGAACUUACAGAUACGUUAUGCUGAACAUCUUCCCUCUGUCCUGAAAAAUAUAACGUGCACAUUCCCUGGGAAGAAAAAGGUUGGUGUUGUAGGAAGGACAGGCAGUGGAAAAUCAACACUUAUUCAAGCUCUAUUCCGCAUUGUGGAACCAAGAGAGGGGAGUAUUAUAAUUGAUGAUGUGGAUAUCUGCAAGAUAGGUCUUCAUGACUUGAGAUCAAGGCUCAGCAUUAUUCCUCAAGAUCCAACAAUGUUUGAUGGCACAGUUCGAGUUAACCUCGACCCACUCCAUCAGCAUUCCGACAGUGAUAUAUGGGAGGCGCUUGACAAAUGCCAACUAGGAGACCUUGUACGGGCAAAGGAAGGAAGAUUGGGAUCUACAGUGGUUGAAAAUGGCGAAAACUGGAGUGUUGGACAAAGACAACUGUUCUGCUUAGGAAGGGCACUGCUAAAGCACAGUACUAUUUUGGUUUUAGACGAAGCAACUGCAUCAGUCGAUUCUGCUACUGAUGGUAUAAUUCAGAAAGUUAUCAACCAAGAAUUCAGAGAACGAACCAUUGUCACGAUAGCUCACAGAAUACACACAGUUGUUGAUAGUGAUCUUGUCCUUGUCCUCAGUGAAGGAAGGAUUGCAGAAUAUGAUACACCAUCAAAGCUCCUAGAGAGAGAAGAUUCAUUUUUCUCACGAUUGAUUAGGGAAUACUCUUCUAGAUCACAGAGUUUCAACAACUUGGCAAAACUCCAAGGUUGAAAUCAUGAAGUAAAACAUCAAAGCAAAAGGAGUUGACAACUUUAUUGGCAAGAUAAUGAUACGAAAGUCUCACCUAAGGAAAACAAGAAUGCCAGGAGAUUAUGCAUCACAACAACAUCUUACGGCUCCCCAUUUUUGUAUCUCUUGGCACUACCCCGUGCUUCUAUAGACUAUAGUAUAAAGGUAGCAAGAGAAGUAAUGAAUCAUAUGUGCCCCCUCGUUGUACUUUAACUACCCUUAAAUAGUAUUAUUUGAAAUUUGUACUAA